GAGCCCUCGAAUUGAUUCCAGGUCAAUGUUGGUUGGUCUCUAGAUUAUCAGCACGAUAGGUCUACCCUGCAUCAUGGUUCGAUUCUUAUUCGAGUUUGAUUAUGAUAUCGAUCUCGACACGGACCGGCCUCCCCGGGUUCGAGGUUAGUUCGUCCCCCCUUCGGGAUCUUAUUUCGAUACAUUACCCUUCGAACUCGAUCGGACAUGUCAAGGCUGAAAUCUAUUUUGAUUGUAUACGAGUCUCUGUACUCCUUUGGGGUAGGGGUAAGGUCUGCGUACACACUACCCUCCCCAAAUUUCAUUAAUGGAAUUUUACUGUGUUGUUGUUGUAGUAGUAGUAGUAUUUUAGAUUGUACGGGACAAAUUGACCCUUUUUCGCUUUAUUCUAUUCCUACUUCCCUAUAUAUAUAAUCCCCGACCUUACCCAUUCCCCCAUUAACAACUAUCUCAGCUCAACUCUAUAUCCAUCACUAAUUCCUCCAUAUUUUCACGCACUACACACACUACUACUCGAAGAAAACACCUUUCAUUUUCAUCUUCUUUUCUUUUAUUCUUUCACAAAGCAAAGAAAAAAAAAACUAGAGAUUAUGGGUUUUCCACUAGGCUACACGGACAUGUAUCUUCCCAAAUUACUCCUUCACAUUAUAACAAUUUUGGGUUUCAUUAAAAAGCUCAUUUCCACACUAUUUACGCUUUUGGGCCUCGAGGAUUUUCUCGAGCCCGAAUUUUCAUACCUGGCCGGACCCGAAUCCUGUUCGGAGCCCCGGUUUCACUCGGUGUCGGCGGCGUUGAUAAGGGAGAUUUUACCAGUGGUGAAGUACUCGGAAAUAGUGGACCCGCCGGAGAAGUGCGCGGUGUGUCUGUACGAGUUCGAGUUGGACGAUGAAAUCAGACGGCUGAGAAAUUGUAAGCAUGUGUUUCAUCGGAGCUGUGUGGACCAUUGGAUGGAUCAUGAUCAGAUGACGUGUCCGCUUUGUAGAGCAGGUUUUGUACCAGAUGAUAUGAUGGAAGUUUUUAACGAGAAGUUGUGGUUGGCUUCUGGAGUUUCUAAUUAUUAUGAAGAGUAUUCAUAUAUUGCUUCUGGUUUGUAGUGGUCAUAGUAUUUUGUUUAAAUCUGUCCGCUUUUGGUGGUUGUGAUUUGAUAGGGUAAAAAUUAUAAAAUAUGUAUAUUAUAAGAGAAAAAAAAGUUAAAAAAAAGAUGUUAUGAAAAUAUUAUAUUA